AUGGAGAGAAAUCCCAAAUUUUUUCCUAUUCUUCUAUCAACAGUUUUGAUAAUCGGUACAAUUACGAUUUAUCAAUCGUUUCAAUUUAUCAAUCCUGUGUCUGGUGUACCGAAUAAUCGUGUUCGUGUUGAAUUUUUUGUUAUGUCAAAAUGUCCAGAUGCGAUGAAAUGUGAAACAUUAUUUCUUCCAAGUUUAUUAAAACUUUCAUCGAUUGUGAAUUUUACUGUUUCAUUUAUUGCUGGAGAGACACAAUUGAAUGAAUUUUCUUGUAUGCAUGGUACCGAUGAAUGUUUAGGAAAUAAACAACAAUUAUGUAUACAAAAUAUGUAUUCACAAGCAGUAUUUAUUAAAUAUCUUCAAUGUCAAUCAAAACAUUUUUAUACGAUUCCACAUACUGGUGAACAAUGCGCAAAAACAACUUCCGAAAAUAUCAUCCAGUGGUCUGAUGUGCAAUCAUGCGUAAAUUCAAAUAGAGCCAAUCAAUUAUUUCAUAAGUCACUGGAACGAACACGUUCAAUGUCAGUUAAAAAAUCAUGCACAAUUUAUUUAAAUGAACAAUUUUGGUGUAUGCAUGAUGGGUUUUGGUCAAAUUGUGGCGAAGGUCGUGAUGAAAUGAGUUUUAUUCGAGCUAUUUGCUCGAGAUAUAAUGGAAAAAAUAAACCCAUAGAAUGUGCAAAUUUUAUUUAG